AGCCGGAGAACACACGCCACCAUCGUCGACGCCAUCCCCAAAGAGCCCACCGAACUCGACCACAUCACGACGCUCCCCAACGGGCUGCGCGUCGCCUCCGAAGCCCUCCCGGGUUCCUUCUCGGGCGUGGGGGUCUAUAUCGACGCCGGCUCGCGGUACGAGAGCGAAUCCCUCCGCGGGGUGAGCCACAUCAUGGACCGGCUCGCCUUCAAGUCGACGACGCGGCGGUCGGCCGACGACAUGCUGGAGCAGGUCGAGGCCCUGGGCGGGAACAUCCAGUGCGCGUCGUCCCGCGAGGCCAUGAUGUACCAGGCCGCCACCUUCAACGCGUCGGUGCCCACCACGGUCGGGCUGCUGGCCGAGACCAUCCGCGACCCGCUCCUGACGGACGAGGAGGUCGAGCAGCAGCUCGGCACGGCCGCGUACGAGGUCUCGGAGAUUUGGAGCAAGCCGGACCUCAUCUUGCCGGAGCUGGUCCACAUGGCUGCUUUCAAGGGGAAUACCCUGGGGAACCCGCUGCUGUGUCCCGAGGAGCGGCUGCGUGUCAUCGAUGGGUCCACGAUCCGCGCGUACCGGGAGGCCUUUUACCGGCCUGAGCGCAUCGUGCUUGCCUUUGCGGGCGUGGACCAUGCCGAGGCGGUGCGGUUGGCGGACCUGCAUUUCGGGGAUAUGAAGGCGAGUGAGAAGCCCGUUUCGGCUUUUGCGAGGACUGGUUCGGAGACGUCGUCUCUGGGCUCUGGUAGCAGCAGCAACGGUGGUUCCACAUGGUCGGCGCCGUCCUCCCCUUCUUCCAUCUCCUCAGCAUCGUCGUCCUCCUCCUCGUCGACGUCGUCCGGCCUCCUCUCCAAAGUCCCCUUCUUCAAGAACCUCUCCACCUCCGCAUCCGCCAGCGCUUCCGUAUCGUCGUCACCAUCCUCCUCCGGUCCCACCUCCUCCUCCUCGGACAUCUUCCAACCCUCCCACUACACCGGCGGCUUCAUGUCCCUCCCGCCGCAGCCCCCCUCCCUGAGCCCGACGAUGCCGACCUUCUCGCACAUCCACCUCGCCUUCGAAGGCCUCCCCAUCUCGUCCGACGACAUCUACGCCCUCGCGACGCUCCAAACCCUCCUCGGCGGCGGGGGCUCCUUCUCCGCCGGCGGGCCGGGCAAGGGCAUGUACAGCCGCCUCUACACCAACGUGCUGAACCAGCACGGCUGGGUCGAGAGCUGCGUGGCCUUCAACCACUCCUACACCGACUCGGGCCUCUUCGGCAUCUCGGCCUCCUGCCUCCCCGGCCGCACCGCGCCCAUGCUGGACGUCAUGUGCCGCGAGCUGCGCUCCCUCACCCUCGACACCGGCUACUCGGCCCUCAAGCCCGUCGAGGUCCAGCGCGCGAAGAACCAGCUCCGCUCCAGCUUGCUCAUGAACCUGGAGAGCCGCAUGGUGGAGCUCGAGGAUCUGGGCCGCCAGGUACAGGUCCAUGGGCGGAAGGUCCCGGUGAGGGAGAUGUGUCGCCGUAUCGAGGACCUUACGGUCGAUGACCUCCGCCGCGUGGCGAGGAUGGUGGUGGGCGGGUUGGUGGAGAAUCCGGGGAAGGGGAGCGGCGCGCCGACGGUUGUGUUGCAGGAGGCGCAGGCGCAUGGUGUGACGACCCAUACCAUGAGCUGGGAGGCGAUUCAGAAUACGGUUUAUGGGUGGGAGCUUGGGAGGAGG